GCGAGAGCCUUCCAGGCAGAAGCAACAGCCAGUGCAAAGGCCCUGGAUCAGGAAUAGAGCUGGCACGUUGGUGGAGCAGCCAGGAAGCUGCUGGAGCUGUGGAGGUCAUCUCUGACCCGCUUUAAGAUGGUGUCACUGAAGGUUUUGAGUGGAGGAGUGACAGUGACAUGGUUUGGCCUUAGUCCUCCUGUCUACUAAAUGUGAACAGUAGUAAUGCUUAUCUUAUGAGUCUGUUGUGAAGUCUGCUUGAGACAAGCCACAUAAGACACCUAGUGCGGUGCUAGUUAGCGUUCAGUAAAUGCCAGUGGCUAGUCCUGGGGCUGAGUGCCAGGGAAGUGGAUGGGGCAAAGUAUAUUUCCAGUAUAAGGUGGAGAGAGGGCUUUCCUUUAUUUUGGAGAGAGAAAUACCCGAAGACAGCAUGGGAAUUCCCUGGCGGUCCAGUGAUUAGGACUCCACUGCUGUGGGCCCGGGUUUGAUCCCUGGUCGGAGCUAAGAUCCCACAAGCCACGCAGUGCGGCCAAAAAAAAAAAAAGGAAAGACAGGAUGUUGUAAGGGUAACAGCGCGUACUCUGGAACCCCACUGCUUGCCUUCAACUCCUGGCCUUGCCACUUGUUAGUGGUAUGACUUUAGGAGAUUAAUUGACCUCCCUGGCCCUCAGUCUCUUCCUCUCUAAAAUGGGGUUAAUAAUCCUAACCAUCUUUUAGGGUUAUUGGGAAGAUUCAUUGAGUCGACACAUGUAAAGGAUUUAGGAGGGUACUGGGCAUGUAAAAAGCACUUGGUUCAGUGUUACAUGGUACUAUAUGUUACUAUUAUUGUUAUUACAGACUAGAGUUUCAUCACAAGGCAGCUUUGUUGUACCAGAAUGGCCCACAGGUCCUGGCAUCAGAGAGACCUGGAAUCUCAUACUUGCUUUCCCCUCCACUGGCUACAUGACUUUAGGGAAAUGACCCCCACUUCUCCUCAGUUUCCCUACAUAUAAAAUGGGUCCAGUAAUGGUACAGCACUAUUAUGAGGCAUCAAGGUGAUGGUACAUGUGAAGCUGGUCAGACAAUAAACACGAGCUGUCAUGACUGUGAUCGCGGUUGCUGUGGGACUCCUGCCCCUUGGGAGGGGCUCCCCCCAUCACACCACUCUGUGCAUGAAAUCCAUGGCACAUCUCCCCUUAGAAAGGUAGCAGUUUGAGGCUUGGGUCCCCUGAGAAAAGAAAUGUCUCUCAUUUACCAUUGGAAAUAAUUGUGGGCCUGAGCAGUUGUGUCCCCCAGUAACACCCCCUGUGCCUCUCCCAGCAGCAGUCCUUCAGCAGCUGCCCACCUGCCCUUGGGGCCCUCUUUGUAACAUCACUUCCACCAGAAUUCAUUCUCCUGGGAACACCCUGCCAACAUUAGCUGCAUCUCCACUAAAUGUCCCCCUUCCUCCCUCAGGUAGAUCUGGUCAGCAUAGUCUCAUCCCUUCACUCAUUCAACAAAUAUGUAUCAGUAGACAUUUACAGCUAUAAAUUUAUCUCUGAGCACAGCUUUAGCUGCAUCUCCUGUUUUGGGUCCCCCAUCUCCCACCCGCCCAGGAUGGAGGCCAACGCGGCGGGCAGCGGCGCCGGGGGCGGCGGGAGCAGCGGCCUAGGGGGUGAGGACGGGGUUCACUUCCAGAGUUACCCCUUUGACUUCCUGGAGUUCCUCAACCACCAGCGCUUCGAGCCCAUGGAACUGUACGGGGAGCACGCCAAGGCGGUGGCGGCGCUGCCCUGCGCCCCCGGGCCCCCGCCGCAGCCGCCGCCCCAGCCGCCGCCCCCGCAGUACGACUACCCGCCCCAGUCCACCUUCAAACCCAAGGCCGAGGUGCCCUCCUCAUCCUCGUCGUCCUCGUCGUCCUCUUCGUCGUCGUCCUCCCAAGCCAAGAAGCCCGACCCGCCCCUGCCGCCCGCCUUCGGGGCGCCCCCUCCUCCGCUCUUCGAUGCCGCCUUCCCGGCCCCGCAGUGGGGCAUCGUUGACCUCUCGGGACACCAGCACCUGUUCGGGAACCUGAAGCGCGGAGGGCCGGCAUCCGGGCCGGGGGCGACGCCGGGGCUAGCUGCCCCAACGGGGACGCCCGGGCCGCUCCCCGCGCCCUCGCAGACGCCGCCGGGCCCCACCGCGGGGGCGGCCUGCGAUCCAGCCAAGGACGACAAGGGCUACUUCCGGAGGCUGAAGUACCUGAUGGAGCGGCGCUUCCCCUGCGGCGUGUGCCAGAAGUCCUUCAAGCAGUCCUCGCACCUGGUCCAGCACAUGCUAGUGCACUCGGGGGAGAGGCCAUACGAGUGCGGCGUCUGCGGCCGCACCUACAACCACGUCUCCAGCCUCAUCCGCCACCGCCGCUGCCACAAGGACGUGCCGCCGGCCGCGGGGGGCCCGCAGCAGCCAGGCGCGCCGCUCCCACCGCUGGGCCUGCCCACGCCCGCGCCCGCCGCCGCCGCCGCCACCGCCGCCGCCCCCACCUCGGCGUCCUCCGGCCCCCUGGCCACGCCCGCCGCCCCCGCCGACGGCAACGCGACCCCCGCCGCCCCUGCGGGUCUGGGGGUGCCCCCUCCGGCGGCGGCGGCGGCGGUGGCAGCGGGGGGCGGCGACGGCCCGUUCGCCUGCACGCUCUGCUGGAAGGUGUUCAAGAAGCCCAGCCACCUGCACCAGCACCAGAUCAUCCACACGGGCGAGAAGCCCUUCUCGUGCUCCGUGUGCAGCAAGAGCUUCAACCGCAGGGAGAGCCUCAAGCGGCACGUGAAGACGCACUCGGCUGACCUGCUGCGCCUGCCCUGCGGUAUCUGCGGGAAGGCCUUCCGCGACGCUGCCUACCUGCUCAAGCACCAGGCGGCCCACGCGGGCGCGGGCGCGGCGGGGCCGAGGCCCGUGUACCCCUGCGACCUGUGCGGCAAGUCCUACUCGGCGCCCCAGAGCCUGCUGCGGCACAAGGCGGCCCACGCCCCGCCCGCGGCCCCUGACGCGCCCAAGGACGCGACGGCCUCCGUCCCGCAGCCCCCGCCCACCUUCCCCUCGGGACCCUACCUCCUACCCCCCGACCCCCCGGCCACAGACAGCGAGAAGGCGGCGGCGGCCGCGGCGGCGGUGGUGUACGGCGCCGUGCCCGUCCCGCUCCUGGGCGCUCACCCGCUGCUGCUCGGCGGGGCCGGUACCAGCGGGGCUGGAGCCUCGGGCGCCAGCGUCCCCGGCAAGACGUUCUGCUGCGGCAUCUGCGGGCGCGGCUUCGGGCGCCGCGAGACCCUGAAGCGCCACGAGCGCAUCCACACGGGCGAGAAGCCCCACCAGUGCCCGGUGUGCGGGAAGCGCUUCCGCGAGUCCUUCCACUUGAGCAAACACCACGUGGUGCACACCCGCGAGCGGCCCUACAAGUGCGAGCUGUGCGGCAAGGUCUUCGGCUACCCGCAGAGCCUCACCCGCCACCGCCAGGUGCACCGGCUCCAGCUGCCCUGCGCCCUGGCCGGGGCCGCCGGCCUCCCUGCCAGCCAGGGCGCGGCGGGGGCCUGUGGCCCGGGCGCUUCGGCCACGUCCGGGGGCGCCGCCGAUGGACUGAGCUAUGCCUGCUCGGACUGCGGCGAGCACUUCCCGGACCUCUUCCACGUCAUGAGCCACAAGGAGGCGCACAUGGCGGAGAAGCCGUACGGCUGCGACGCCUGCGGCAAGACGUUCGGCUUCAUCGAGAACCUCAUGUGGCACAAGCUGGUCCACCAGGCUGCUCCCGAGCGCCUGCUCCCGCCCGCGCCCGGCGGCCCGCAGCCCUCGGAUGGCUCCAGCAGCACCGAUGCGGCCAACGUGCUGGACAACGGGCUGGCCGGGGAGGUGGGGGCGGCCGUGGCGGCGCUGGCAGGGGUGUCUGGGGGCGACGAUGCGAGCGGGGCGACGGUGGCCGGGGGCGGCGGGGCCGCUGGUGCGGGCCCCGAGCGCUUCAGUUGUGCCACGUGCGGCCAGAGCUUCAAGCACUUCCUGGGCCUCGUGACUCACAAGUACGUGCACCUGGUGCGGCGGACCCUGGGCUGCGGCCUCUGCGGCCAGAGCUUCGCGGGUGCCUACGACCUGCUCCUGCAUCGCCGCAGCCACCGGCAGAAGCGGGGCUUCCGCUGCCCGGUGUGCGGCAAGCGCUUCUGGGAGGCGGCCCUGCUGAUGCGCCACCAGCGCUGCCACACGGAGCAGCGGCCCUACCGGUGCGGCGUGUGUGGCCGAGGCUUCCUGCGCUCCUGGUACCUGCGGCAGCACCGCGUGGUGCACACGGGCGAGCGGGCCUUCAAGUGCGGCGUGUGCGCCAAGCGCUUCGCGCAGUCGUCCAGCCUGGCGGAGCAUCGGCGGCUGCACGCGGUGGCCCGGCCCCAGCGCUGCGGCGCCUGCGGCAAGACCUUCCGCUACCGCUCCAACCUGCUGGAGCACCAGCGGCUGCACCUGGGCGAGCGCGCCUACCGCUGCGAGCACUGCGGCAAGGGCUUCUUCUACCUGAGCUCCGUGCUGCGCCACCAGCGCGCGCACGAGCCGCCGCGGCCCGAGCUCCGCUGUCCCGCCUGCCUCAAGGCCUUCAAGGAUCCUGGCUACUUCCGCAAGCACCUGGCGGCUCACCAGGGCGGCCGGCCCUUCCGCUGCUCCUCCUGCGGUGAGGGUUUCGCCAACACCUACGGCCUCAAGAAACACCGCCUGGCCCACAAGGCCGAGGGCCUCGGGGGGCCUGGAGCAGGGACGGGCACCUUGCCCGGGAAGGAUGCCUGACCAGGGCGGGGGGGGGAGUGCUUCCCAUCUGCCACUCCAAUCAGGUGUCCCCUUUCGGACUCGCCCCUUCGGGAGGCUGAUCAGACUCUUUCCCCUCCUCUCUUUGUCCCAUCCAUCCUUCAGAACUUCAGACAGACUAGCCUCCUUCAAGGCCCAUGUCAUGCAAACGCAAGCCUGAACCACUCCCGUCUGGACCUCUCUGGCCCCCUUCUCCUCCUAUCAGGACUCUGAACUUGAUCCUCCGUCCAGCCCCGUUUUGUAGCCCUCAUCAGCCCCCUGCCCCAGCAGCUGUUCGGUCCCCCAAUAAGCUUGGUGGAGAUGGGCCUGAACUGCCCCUCCCCCUUCCUUUGGAAUCUGGCCGGACAGUGGAGUACGAGCAGUUUGGGAGGGCACAAGGGGGGACUGGGCGCUCUUG